AGGCAGUACCCGCCAGAGGUACAUCUAUACACGAUCUCAUCAAUGUGAUGCUCCGAUGUUAGCAUGGCGCGAGAAAGGCUAUGUGCCAGACUCUGAGGAUGAGGACGACUCACAAGAAAAAGCUCGUUCACCGGGCUUGCAAGGCGCAGCAGAGACCGAGGCCAACGAUAAUGGGUCCAGGGCUGCUUCUUCCGCGAUAGCACCACGAAAGAAACCGUUCAAGACAUCUACCCCAACGCAGGCCAAAACCGUAGACUAUGACGAUGAUAUCGAUGAGCUGUCAAGAGACCUUCCGAAUCUGGGCGCCCAUCUAAGACAGACACUACCGGUGGAACAGAAGAACUGGGAAAAGAAAGAGACUACUGCGAUACAAAGAGACCAUGACCCGUAUGAAUCGUCUGAUAGUCUGUCCUCGCCGCCGUCAAACCUGUCUACCCCACCCCUCUCGCCAGAGCUGCCGGCUGUAAGUGUCAAUCGGAAUGGUCAAACACGACGCCCACAAGCACACGUCGUGGUAUCACCUCGUGCGCCGAUUUCGGCAAGAGAUGAUGAUGUUGUCAUGGAAAUAAUCGAUAGCAAUCCUCCUCUACAAUCAAGGCGCAACUUCCGCCAGCGAAAAGCCAUUCAGCUGCAUCCAUAUAUUCUUGAAGGGGAAAGAUAUCGACAAGAACUUCGGGCUCGAGGUGUCAAGCCAGUGCAUGUCGGAACACAUGUGCAUGCUCACGCCGCCACUAUUCGUCACGACCAGUACCAGAAUGGGGACGAGCAAUACCAGAGCUCAGUCUCGUCGAGUGGACACAACGGUUCGGGACUCAAUAUCAGUUCACCAGCACACCCAGUACAGACUUCGACUCCGCCUACCUUAGGAAGCUCGCCAGCCGUGCCCAUACCUGAUCGCUCAGAUAGUGAUGCUUCACUGCCAGACGUCCAGGAUCUUUUGAGAAAUGCGACAGCUGGUCGUAUAGGAAAAGAGAUCACUCGGACACCGAAUCCCAAACCAAGACGAGGUCGACCACCCAAACAUAGACCAGUCGGAUCAGUCACGCAUAGAAUUGGAGAUGUAUCAACUAACCGCACGGCAAACUCUCCCUCGUUGCGAAGAAGCGAGCAUCGUCAACUUUCAAGUCCAUCACCGCCAAGAAAACGCGCGAAGAAAGCCCACAUUGAUUCCAAUUCCCGAUUACCGACGCCUACGGCCUCAUCGUCGAUACGAUCACGAUCGCGUUUCAUACAGACCAUACCCGACGAUUCGGACUCGGACGCCAUUACUCGAAGUCGUCGGCGACGUCGAAAUGUACCGGCACCUAUCCAAGUUUAUAGCCAAUCUUCUUCUGCAGAUUCUGGUCCGGACGAAGAGGAUACUCAAGUCGUCGAAAAGGUUGCAUUGCAUAAGUAUCGUCGAAAGAUUAAGGGAGUAUUGCCAGCCUCAUGGCUAAGACUCGACCGGCAAGCGCAGCAAAAACAGCCAGAGCUUAGGAGACCGUCUGCACAAUAUCGAAGAGCAGCAAGCGAAAGUCGUGGACUGGACACAGAAGAGCCGCUCAUGCUCGAUCAGGACCCGACAGACCAUCUACGUGUGCCGCAGUAUGAGACCAACAUAGAGAAUACAACAAAUGUAUCCAGUGAUGAAGGUAGACUUGAAGAGGAAGGCUUACGUCAGAUACAUAACACUAUGGGCGAAGCGGACGAGUACGACGUGGUUGAUACGAUAGCCCUACCCAAAGCCAGAAUACGCGCACCAAAGGCCACAAAACGGAAGAGACAGCUCAGACUGGACGAUCAGGGCCUACGAAGUAUUACUUCCGGGAAACGUGGCAUUCGGUUUGAGGAUGAGAAGAGCAGAAAGCCACGAAACAAUGGUACGGCCGAUCUCUCUUCCAGGGUCCCUCGAUCUCAUCGAUCGAAGAAGGCACGGACGUAUCUGCCGAGGCGGAGCAUACUUGAUGCCCCGCUUUCUCCGGCUGAGCAUUCUGAGACGGUCCCUCAGUUCAUUCGUCUCGCGCAGCGCCAAGCGCGAAGACAAGAUAGCCAGGGCAGACAUAGCCCCUCCCACAAACAUGUGCGCUUGCAAACCGAGACCGACACAGCGGACGCAUUCAAGACUCUGACCAGGUGGAGAGAGGGCAAGAUCGUACGGUCAAAAGAGAAACCCCGGGGUCCUCUUCGAGGGCCUCUGCAACCGCGGGACGCAAAUCAGGACCAGCACACCCUCGAAGUAUCCGUACAGAAGAGCCGCCCAGAGACCGUCAUAUCUUCAAAUUUCAAUGAUUCCUCAAGGAACGGCGUUCAAAAGAACACCGCGAGUCUGCGUCAAAGCAGAUUACAACCUAUUUAUAUGCAGCAGACUGUGUCAAGGGAGCAACGUCCACGAAUACACCAUGUAAGUAGUAGUACAAAAGGGCUGCGUAGAGGUAGACCUCCAGUCAGCGAUCCUAUGUACCGUUCGGGCCAACUGGAAGGCAUAGAAGAUGAGAAUAACCUACCUUCGUCUCGCACAAAACUCGCAGCCAAGACGAAUAUCAUUCAGGCUCUCAAGAAAAGGGGUCCUGCUAUGCCGCUUCAAUUGGAAAGAUACUUGAUGGAGAACGUAUCAACUGAAGCCGACGAGACGAGGAGUACAUUCGAUGGUGACCGGCAAGACCACUCCAAGUCGACAGGUUCACAUGCGCCUCGCCUGAGGAAACGGAAGCCAGUACGCCUCGACGUGCAGACUCGCGAGUAUCGACAGCCUUCGGAUCCCCUGCCAAUCACAAUUCCAUCUGAAGAGCCUCAGGGUGUCUAUACGAAAGGUUUACAGGGUCUUGAUUCCUACAAUCUGAGGUUCUCUACUGAUUUUGAUGUUCAUCCUCUCGAAACCGAUACAUUCUUCGGCCCUGAUACUUUCGUAGGAUCGGGAGAGUUUAAGCUAUCUUUGACCGCUGGGACGCGAGACUUUAGCACUUGUUCUGGCUCGGAUCUUGUUGUAUUUGGAGAAUCAAAGUUCUGCUGGAAUUAUUGGAACGAUAUUGCCGCCUCUGAACUGUCGAAGGGCUUCCAAAGUUACCUUCUACAAUUCGAGUCGAUUUCUGAGGUAUCGAGUGAGCAAGCAGUUGAUAGUCUCUAUGGCAAACUAGAGGUAACUUUACGUUCACUGGUCAAAUACUUCGCUAGGACAAUGCGGUUCUCGGACCCCGUUGAUCGUUCCUCGUGUAUACAGAAGACCAUCGAUGCCUUGACUGGAAUGCUACCAAUCUACUCUGGCAACGAUCCUCGGGAGACUAUAUCUCGAGGCAAGAUCGCCUCAAACACGCUGUUGUGUGCUUUGAUGGGAAUAUUGUCGGACAUGUCACAGCAUUCUUCCGUGCAACAUAGCUUGAGACUGAGUGCUGAGGCGUUGUUUUCGAACUCUGUCAAGUUUCUUUUCUCGAACAUCUUGGCUGGUGGACUAGGACAACUGAGAGGAUAUCUCUCCGAUAAUCGACUCCAUCUCCAACGCGAGAAGGGCAUCUGUGACGAUCGACCUUUUGUUGAAGCCCUGAUAGUAGCACUACACCUCGGUGCAAAGCCCAUCCUCUCAGUGACAUCUUUGGGAAACUUUCUCGGAGAGCAGCUUGAUACACAGCUGAAGGAUGUUCAGCAUGUGGCACGAUUCGAUAGUAUUUGGUACGACAUCUUUACGAUCCUCCCGUAUGCGGAGAUGGAAGCAGACGGGUCGAUGAGGACUGGACGUCGGUUUCAAGAGCCAUUGGAGCUUUGGCCGGGAGUUAAAUCAUUGCUAAGCAGACUGUUCCAGCUAUAUUUUGCAUCUCAAGCCAGUCCGGCUAUGAAUGGCUAUAUCCGAGCUGUUCUGACGCGAUGCUGCAACCUUGUCCAGUUAUGGGGCUGGUGUCACGGAGAAUCCGUCCUCGGAAUAAUAUUCGACUUCCUCGCGCGCAAUGGUCUAGCUCCUUUGCCGCAUGAAGAAUAUCAUGGAUCGCCUCGGUUCUUGGAUAGUCUCAAUCAACCCACCGAUCUUCGUGUGCAGCCGGAAGACAAGGCAUUCCACAUAUUCCUGAAGAUGCUCGGAUCAACUCUCAGAAAACUUGGCGCAUUAUAUUCAAGGAAGAAGAUGCCAGGAAUUGUCUAUAGAUUCAUUCCUAAUCAUGGCCGAGUGUACAGGAAAGACAUGCCUGUCAAGCAGCAGGAUCUAGACGCGUUGCAAAACCAUCAUGAUCUCCUCUGCGUUUUGUAUUGGGCAUCUCCGCCAGGUUGCCGACCGAAGCUGGACCUUUUGCGAAAUCUUGUUGACCACCAGUCAUCACAUCGGGAGGCAUGCCGACUGAAUGUACGAGCAUGGACUAUCCUUGUUCGAUUCCAACUUUCAACGACUGAAGAUGCUGAAUCUAUUGUACCGUUUGGGACAUGGUGCAAGGAGCUGAUAGAGCAGACGCAAGACCAGUAUUGGCUCGCCAAGACAGAAGCUUUAUCUCAAGUUGACGCGGCUCGCGGUAAAGGGGUCAGAACAAUCACGGACGAUAUCGUUCAGUCAACGAUAACGAAGAAUCAGCGUCAAAUCUUGGGGACAAUGAGUAGUAUAGUUGCAGGCAUGAGGACCGCUCUCAUGACGUCCAAUGACAAGCACAAGUCUGCACUACUACUCCGCCAUGCCUGCUUGACGUCGAUUUUCAAACUCUUCGAUCCCAUGCUGAAACGGGCGAAUGCAGUCAUUCUUGAGGCGCUCGAAGUGUCUCGGGAGUAUCUCCAGCGUUGCGCAAAGGAAGCAGAGAAUGCUGCCGAUAAAGCCAAUGACGAGAGUCAAGACUACGGAGACUUUCCUGAUUUAGAUGAGAUGGAUAUAUCCAGCGACAAUGCAAACGCGUCCACAGCUCCGGAUGAGGCCGAUUUUCUGACAGAACCACUGUGGCAGCUGGUCUCGAAUUGCUUCGGGGCUGACAAAUCUCCCACUGAUGAUAGUAUGCUCUCGGCGUCGGUUGAUACCUGGGUGGCCGCGACCAGGGCUAAUGUCAUGGUAAAGCAACAACCUUGGAGCAUCUACAUUGAUCCGUAUAAUCCGAUGUCAUGGCACCAGCUUCGAGACACCGAGCAACGUCGAAUAUACACUCCUUACUUCCUGGCCCAAGUCUUGACGACCGACAUGAAGGCAUACGAGGGCAACAGUAUCAUCUUCCUGUCCGCUUGGCUCGUCUCGCUUGUCGAGCGAGAGGCUCUGGUGCGGUUUCAAUACAAACUUACCGCCGCCUUAGCUAGCGACGUCUUGUCAGAGCCUCUCCUGGAAAACCUCCCCUUUGAGAGGGACCGUGCCUCGCAAUACAUGAUCGGGCCAAUCGAGCUCCGCGAACGUCGACUCAUGCUCAUAUCAACAGUGCUCGGUAACAUGCGCCAAGAUCUCGAACGGAUGCCUCAUGGGCCCGCAAACCACAUUACCGGAAAAAGACAAGACUACGGGCAACUGCUCAAGGACCUCAUGGGCGCCAUGAAGCGAAACUACCGCGAGCUCCAGCAGGGCAACGUCGUAGUCACCGGAAGCUACGUCGACUUCGUGCACCGCGUCGUCGAAUCUCUGCAGCAAUUCACCUCGGACAUCCGGCCCCUCGACCCCUUCUUCACCGACUCCGCCGCAUUCCCCCUUCCCGCAGAUGACCCGAACUACGUAAUCGGCAAGUUGAAAGGCUACGCAUUAAAGACAGGCGAAAUGGGGAACUGCAUCCAACUAGCAACCUUCCUACAAACCCUCACCCAACGCGCCGCCAUCGACAACCAACACUCAAUCCUAGCCCAGCAACUCCUCAGCGCCAUAAACCACCCCUUCGAAUCCGGCCUCCCGCACAAACCCACCCUGCGCCGCCUCCUCAUGCAAGCCCUCUUCCCCGUCUACAUCCCCCUCGCCCUCUCCACCCCCUGCGGCUGGCUCCUCGCCCAACCCAUCCUCAGCGUCUGCACCACCCUCCUCGACUCCCUACCCUACACCUUCUCAGUCUCAGACCCUCGUAGCCGCGCCGCGGUAUCGUCCAUCCUGGACUCCCAUCUGCGUACCCUCUGCCGGACCGCGCACCUCGUCGUCUCGCGCCCUGCUCUCCUGCAUCAGCCUAGCGUCCUGCGCAUCCUCGCGCUGCUCUUUGAUAAUGUCGCUGCUGCGCUGCCGGUGCUGGAUUAUGUUUCUCGGCGUACGACGGGGCAUUGUUGCGGUGGUGGAGGGGCAUGCGGGCCGCUGGUCACAUACCUCCUCUCGUGCGCGUCAUUUGUUGCAGAUUCGCUGGGCGGUGUGUCGGAUGUGCCUUUGCCGGUCCUUCCUGAUGCUGUUGUGGAUGGUGGUACUGCCAUCUCGACGACGAUGACGAUGACGACGACGACGAAUACUGCGGAUAUGCAGCAGCAGCCGCCGCUCUUCGGUAGUAUCCGCGCUUUUUGCGACGUGGAGUUGCGUCGGGCGUUGGUGGAUAGGUGGGAUAGACGGGAUGGUGGUGGUGGUGGUGGUGGUGGUGGUGGUGACGAGGACGACGACGGUGGGGUGUAUACUUUUGUUGAAGCGGGGGUGCGGAGGAGGACUACUGGGGCGUUGAAUGGGUUGGGUGGGUUUGAGGGGGUGAAGGGGGAGGUGCUUGGUUCUGUGCGCGGGUUGAGGGGGGUUUGGGGGGUUGUUGUGCGUGGUGGGCUUGGUGGUGGGAGUGGUGAGGAGAGGGAGGAGGUGGUGGGUUUGUGGGAGAGAGGGAGCGGGAGUAGGAGGUAUUUGCAUGUUGGUGAGAUGGGGGGUGAGUUUGUUGUUUGAGUUGAUUCGAUGGUGAUGGGAUACGGAGAAGGGAUACAGAGAAGAAGGUAAAGGAGAGUGUAUAUAUGUGAGGAAGAAGACGACGACGAGGGAGUGGUGGGUGUGUAACGAACGUCAUGAACAGAGGUCGUAUUUGUAUUAAUCACCCCCCAAAAAGGGUGCCAUGGCAUGGUGUUUAUAUGUUCGUAGUAGGUAUGUCAUCGGAUCGGUUCGGUCUGGGGUUCGAUUGGGUGGAGUUGGAGUAGGAGUUUGGGCUGGGCUGGGUGACGUUGGGGUUAGGGGGCGCAAAUACACUUCUAUAUACAUACACAUCCAUCCAC